ACCAGACACGCAUUAGACUGGAGGCAGUUAACUGAGGUUAGAGCUUCUAUCUCGUCAUGUGGAUUGCUUGACAUUGACGCGACUGCAGUUACCGAGUUUCUUCUUGUUCAUACUAGGUCUCUUCAUGUGGCUUAAUUUCAUGAUGAUCAAUGACGCAUAUAUCUAUUGGCCUGUCAUCUUGAUAGGUGUGACGGUGAUAGUUCUUUUCUUACCUGUGCGCACUUUAUACCACCACAGUCGAAAGUGGUGGGCAUAUUCCAAUUGGCGACUUCUGUUGGCUGGUCUAUACCCUGUCGAGUUUCGUGACUUCUUUCUCGGUGAUAUGUACUGUUCUCAGACGUACGCCAUGGGCAAUAUUGAAUUGUUCUUCUGCCUCUAUGCGAAACAUUGGAGUGACCCUCAGCAGUGUAACUCCUCUCACUCCCGGCUGUUGGGGUUCUUCACGUGCCUUCCAGGAAUUUGGAGAGCUCUCCAGUGCUUACGUCGAUAUGCCGACACGAGGAACGCCUUCCCUCACUUACUCAACUUCGGAAAAUACAUGUUCACUGUCCUCUACUAUUGUACCCUGAGUCUCUACCGUAUCGACAAGGUCUCGAGCUUUGAAGCUCCGUUCAUCACGUUUGCGUUGCUGAAUGCUGUCUACUGCUCCGUCUGGGAUCUCGCCAUGGAUUGGAGUCUCGGAAACCCUCACGCGAAGAACCCAAUGCUUCGUGAGGUGCUCGCUUUCCGGAAGCCGUGGGUGUACUAUGUUGGGAUGGUCAUCGAUGUUGUUGUCCGCUUCAACUGGAUCUUCUAUGCAAUUUUCCGCAAGGACAUACAGCAUUCGGCUGUCCUCAGCUUCGCUGUUGCACUUUCAGAGGUGGGCCGCCGGGGGGUGUGGACGAUCUUCCGUGUGGAGAACGAGCACUGCACCAACGUUCUUCUCUUCCGAGCAUCCAGAGAUGUUCCGCUACCAUACGAAGUUCCCAAACCACAGGCUCCGUCAGCUCAGCCAGAGGAGGCUAUGCAGCUUCAAGACCACCAACCUCUGGCGCCCAUCCCUACCAUUGGCGACACCGAGCAAGGAACCCCACCCACUCCAGGCUUGUCUGUCCGGAGCCCACGUGGUCUUGCUCGGGUUGGUACCUUGUUGGCAGCGGCCCAUGCACAAGACUUCCAGCGUAAGAGGCGUCCUGGUGAGUUGCAUAGCACUUCGAUCACCCGGGAGGGCCUGGAUACGCCGGAUGAUAGUACAGAUGAGGAAGAAGGCUCGCGACCGUCGUCCGAGGGUGGCAAUGUGAUAGUGGAGGAGUAUCGUGACGACGACGACCGGGAGUAACAGCCUCUGAGCUGGUUGGGGCCGCGCAUCCAAAUCCUAGCGAAAGGAUAUCUGCAUUCAUGGCAUAUAUUAGAGGAUAGAAUUUAUACAUAAUAUCGCAUAUAAUAGAUGAGCAUAUUUUAUGAUGCUGCGAAUUCGCCGCAUAAGAAGCCUUGUGUCCCUGUGCCUGAGACUGCA